CACAUUGCCUAGACAUGAAUCUACGUAUACGAAAAUUUCGAGCACGUCUCUUGAUCUGUCUAAAAUUUGUGUUUCCCAUAAUAGUUUUUCAUGUGGUGGAAAUAAUGAUAAUAUUCAUCUUCGAAGAAAGUGAUACCUUAUAUGAAUUAAAUCAAUGCUACUUGGAUGAAUUACCAGGAACAAUCUCUACGAACUGGAGUUCGAAUGCUGGCCACGAGUAUCUAGAGGAUGUACUACUUUCGGAUAUUAAACCAAUACCAGGACGUGCCAUAUACUUUCUGGAAACUAAAUGUUAUUCGCUGAACUCGCAGUCUCAUUAUUUAAUCAAUUUGACAGCACGACAGACGUGUUCCAUCGAAUCGGCAGCUUUGCAUAAUCCAAACUUCCAAGUGUUUGUUCUUUUUGCUAAUCCCAAAGUUAUAGAUCCAGAAAAUCCUUUUCUAAAUAUCAUUCGAAGCUACAGUAAUGUGCAUCUCCGACAAUUGAAUAUUUGGCGGUAUGUUAAGGAUACUCCAGUAGAGGACUGGAUCGUUAGGGACAAUAAAUUCAUAUCUCGUUUCCCCACUGAACAUACAUCAGAUCUACUUCGCUUACUAACCGUCUAUCGCUUUGGAGGCAUCUACAUGGACAUGGACGUGGUUGUGCUACGCAGCAUGGAGGAUAUACCCCUUAAUUUUAUGGGUGCCCAGAUCACCAAUGUUAUCUCGAAUGCUGUGAUUAGUUUGGAGCCCACGGGCAUUGGUCAUGAGGUUGGCGAAUUAUUCUUACGGGAAUUUCAACAAACUUUCAAUGGCACAUAUUAUCUAUUUAAUGGACCAAUGCUAAUUGAACGUGUAUUGGCAAAAAUCUGUGGCACAAAGUCCGUCAUCGAAAUGAUAAAUAAUCGUGAACGUUGCCAUGGAGUUCGAUUAUUCGACGCUAGUGCUUUUUUCAUAUUGCAAAAACUGAUUUACCUUUUUGAUCCUAGAAUGCUGAACGACGGAAUAGAGAAAACAAAAAACUCUUAUUUAAUACAUCUAUGGAAUAAAGGUUCGCAGAAGUGCAAACUAGUCGGUCCAAGCUCUACUUAUGGCAGAUAUGCCGCACAGAAUUGUCCCAAAACUUAUGCGGCUGCUGGACAUUUGUUUUAAGGAAUAUGAUUUCCAAUCCAAAUAAUUUUAGGAACAA